AUGGCCAGAAGUACACAAAAAGAGCGUGAGAAGACAGUUUUGAAGGGGGUAGAAUUUCAAGUCAUGGGAGAGAAACAUGGCUCUGACAGUGGAGGGGAACUUGGAGCCAUCGGUUUACAGUUCCACCAAAUGUCGAGGAGAAAGGAUAAUGUUGGAGGAAGAUUCUUCCGCAAGAAAGUGCCACCUUACCUUGCCUUGUCCUUUGACCUAUCCACUUUCAGGUUCAUGAUGGUGACAAUCACUAUCUCACCCCCUCCAACUUCCUUCAACUCCAGUGGAGUGAAGCUUGCUGUGAGCAAGCUCUAUGCUUCCAAUGCUCACGUGAACUCCGUGCUCAUAGGGAUGAAGAACCAGCUGGUGGUUUUGCGAGUGGCUGGUUCCCUGCAGAAGAGCAAAGAAGUGAUGAAGGCCAUGCAGAGCCUUGUGAAGAUCCCAGAAAUCCAGGCCACCAUGAGGGAGCUAUCCAAAGAGAUGAUGAAGGCUGGCAUCAUAGAAGAAAUGUUAGAAGAUACUUUUGAAAGCAUGGAUGAUCAGGAAGAAAUGGAAAAAGCAGCAGAAAUGGAAAUUGACAAAAUUCUGUUUGAAAUCACAACAGGUGCCUUGGGCAAAGCACCUAGUAAAGUGACCGAUGCCUUUCUGGAGCCCAGACCUUCAGGAGCGAUGGCUGCAUCAGAAGAUGAGAAGGAAGAAGAAGCCCUGGAGGCCAUGCAGUCCCAUCUUGCCACACUCCGCAGCUAGUGGCU